AUGCUGCCUAUCGUUACACUCGUAUUAUUUUUGGUAAUAUUGAUAUCAGCAGCCCCGAAGGAAAUCUCUUCUAGGCAGGGAAAUUUCUCAUGGGGAUCAGAAAGAGUACGUGGCCUUAACAUCGGUGGUUGGCUUGUCCUUGAACCCUGGAUUACCCCCUCAAUUUUUGAUAACCUCGAUCAAUCUCUCGGUAUUAAAGACGAAUUUACCCUCGGCCAAAAAUUAAAAAGCUCUACAGCUCAUGAAAUCCUGAAGCGUCAUUGGGAUAGCUGGGUAACAUUUCAAGACUUUCAGAGAAUUUCAGAUGUAGGCUUUAAUACUGUUCGCAUUCCUAUCGGCUACUGGGCAUACAUGACAUUAGAGGAAGAGCCAUAUAUUCAAGGAGCUGCUCCCUAUCUCGAUUCAGCAAUUAACUGGGCAAGGUUAACAGGUCUCAAAGUAUGGAUAGAUCUGCACGGUGCCCCUGGAAGUCAGAAUGGCUUUGAUAACAGCGGCCAUUUUGUUUCCAAGCCGCUGUGGCAAUCUUCUAACAAAGUUAACGUCACUCUAAAUAUUCUUCAUAAUAUUACAGUAAAAUAUACGCAGCCAGAGUAUCAGGAUGUUGUAGUUGGAAUUGAGCUUCUUAAUGAGCCUCUUGGGCCAGAGUUGAGCCUUGAUUCACUGAAGAAAUUUUACCGAGAUGCUUUUAAUGAUAUUCGCGCUGUUAGCCAAACUACAGUCAUCUUGCAUGAUGCGUUCAUGCAGCCAAAAUUCUGGAAUGGAUUUCUAAGCGUAUCAGAUAAUGACUCGCAUAGCGUCGUAAUUGACCACCACGAAUAUCAAGUCUUUACAAAUGAAUUAGUAGCCCUACAGCCUCAUCAGCAUCAACAACUUGCUUGUGAUAAUGCUGUUUCUUACUCUGAAGGUUCUGAUAAGUGGAUAGUGGUGGGCGAAUGGACUGCAGCAAUGACGGAUUGUGCUGUUUGGCUUAAUGGCUACCAUGUUGGUUCUCGCUACGAUGGGUCUUAUCCUGGUUCUUCGUACGUUGGUAGCUGUGAAGAUAAAAAAGAGAUCAAGAACUGGAAUGAGACAUAUCGCCGGAACAUGCGUAGUUACAUCGAAGCCCAACUCUCCGCUUUCGAGACUUAUACUCAGGGCUGGAUAUUUUGGAACUUCAAAACUCAAGGUGCUCACGAAUGGGAUGCGUUCGCACUCCUAGAUGCAGGUAUAUUUCCACAGCCGUUAGAGGGGGUAAAAUCUUCAACGGCGUGUCCAAAGUGA